UCGUUUUUUGAUCCUCAGAGCUGGUCUCCUCGUUACUUCCACAUUCCUCCUCAAAAACGAACUUCGGUGCUGAGCGCCCUCACACUCUUGUCUCUUCUUUAUCUCCGCUGGCGCGCUUAGCAAUGCUUCAUUCGAAUUCUGUCCUCAUCACUUUUCUCGCUGCAGGAACCGCUUCUGUGUUCGGAGCGCCUGUUCGCGAGGGCUUCGCAAAUUCUCUCGCAACCCAGAACCCAAGUUUCCCUUUGAGUUUUCCUCUACCUUCUCCACAACAUAGCCGAUCUGGCUAUCAAAAUCUCGGACGUCGUGCAGGAGUAACGAAUCCACAGCACCUGGUAUAUAUCAAAUUUAUCGAGCAGAACCAGAACUGUCUCGCCCAUAUUGGAGAAUUAUGGGACUGUAAAGCCGACGUGAUCAUGUUGCAUGCAAAGCCCAAUGAUCCAGUGCUUCAGGGCAAGAUCAGGAAUUGGGCAACAAGAAUACAACAAAGCAUAGAAGCGUCCAAGCCAGGCUGUGCGGGCAGCGGCGGCCAAAGCAAUCAGAACAUGGAACAGAUGUUAAAAGGAAUAAAGGACAAGGACGACCAAAAAAUGGGUGAAUUCGUCUGGGAACAUAAGGAAUACCUCGACAUACCAGUUGCGGAUAUCAUUCGCACCAUCAAGGAAAUUCCCAAUGGCCCCAGUGUAAUGUUGCUCCAUCAAUGGGCAGAGGACGUACAAGAACGAAUGAAUGAGUCUGGCAAACAAAAACCUCCCAGCUUCGGCGGGGGCGAGGACGUUCCAGUGGAAAAGUUGCUGGAAGGAAUCAUAAAUCCUUCUCACCGAGAAAAGAUCGCAUUUGUCAAGGAUCCGAACAAUUGGAAGUUUCUCAACAGCGAAGAACGGGGGAAGUUCUUGAUCAACGUCUGCACUAUCAAGAACAACAAUAAUCCAUAUUUCGCGUCCAUGCUCGAUUUUUCUGUGAUUAUAAUAAACAACAGGAUGUUUGGGCCUGACAAACAACAACCUCGUGCGGCGCCUGGACAUCCUACCUCACGAGGACUUACUGGUGAACACAACACAGAAUCUGGGGUUCCUCAAAUUUCUGUCAGAGAUCAAGGUCAACGAGAGUCCAUCGAACGUCGUACUAACUCGCAGAGCGCACAAGGAACAGGCACAGAAGGAUCCACUGGCCAGGGAAGCGAGGAUCCGAAAGUUGAGGAGUUGUUGAAUGGAAUCACAGACGAAGCCACGCGAAAAAAGAUCGAACUCGUUAAGGAUCCGGAAAACUGGAAGCAUCUGACUGUGCAAGAAAAGUCGAAAUUCGUGAUCAAUGUCUCCUUCUUAGAGAAUUACCCCAGCAAUGCACAUGUUCCGCCUCUGAUCGACAUUUAUGUCGGAUUCGUACAGGAAAGGUCGUUGAGUGAUUUGUUGAAGGGCAUAGCGAAUGACACUCUCCGGAAAAAAAUUGAAUUUGUGAAGGACGCGGAAAAUUGGAAAUCGCUUACCCAGGACGAACAAUCGAAAUUUCUGCUGAACGUUUCCGCUAUAAAGGAACACCCACUCAACCCACGAUUUCCCCACUUGCUCGACUUUUCCGUGCAAAAAAUAGAACAAAAAACGGGAAAGUUGAUAUCUGCGUAUAAGGCGAACGAACAACAACCUCGUGGAGCGCUUGGGUAUCAUAACGCACGCGGCAUUGGUGGGGAACGCGACGCAGGUUUUAAGAUUCGACAAGUUCGACAAGGUCUCGCCGGAGGGAAUUCGGACGGCACAUAUCGUCGUCGCGCCUACGGAUAUGACUUGGAUUGAUAGAGAUUUUUACAAUGAUUAUUUAAUGUCCAUUGUAUGUAAUCUGUUCCUUCUAUGCACUUUAGAUGCGGUUAGUAUGCUUGCCGAUAUGCUCGCCAAGUUAAGUGGCUUUCAGCGAAAGCGAAAAGGGUAAUUAGAACGAGUACGUUGAGAUUUAUGCGUACGUCUCAACAUUU